CGACAUGCGUAAAAAUAAUUUAAGCAAAGCCGAUGACGUCACGGUGAAAAAAUCUUGCAGUCAUUACUGCAAAGGCGAGAGGACACGGGGUGCGGACGGCCGAAGCGGGCGCGGCGGUCAAUUCGAGGGUGCAUCCUUCCCCGAUCGAAAAAAUAGCAACCCAGCAAAUGGCGGCGCGAGAGGAAGUGGCAAAUUUUCCACCAAAAAUGACGCCAAAAAUGACGCCAAAAAUAGCGCCAAAAAUUGCUCCAAAAAUAUCGCCAAAAAUAGUAUCAAAAAUAGCGCCAAAAAUAGCGUCAGAAAUAGCGCCAAAAAUAGCGCCAAAAAUAGCGUCAGAAAUAGCGCCAAAAAUACUGGCAAAAAAAUUGGCAAACAUAUCAGCAAAUACAUUGCCGAAGACGAAGAAGAAGACGGAGACGAAGGCGAAGGGGAAAUCCUCGGAGAAACCCAGGGCGAAAGGAAAAGGAGGGGGAAAAAAAAAAGCGGGAAAAAAAAAAGCGGGAAAAACAGUAGCGGGAAAAACAGCAGCGGGAAAAACAGCAGCGGGAAAAACAGCAGCGGGAAAAACAGCAGCGGGAAAAGCAGCAGCGGGAAGGACACGGCGGAAAGGGAUGACCGAAGCGGGAACUGCAGUUCGCGCGAGGCAGGCACGAAAAAUUAUGCACAGGGCAGAAGGGGGACUUUGCAUGAUGAUUCGCGUGCCCCUGCGCCCGAGUGGCACUUCGUGAGGAACGGGAGAGGCGACGAAGCUUCUGGCCAUAGUGCAGGGGAAAAACAGAGGAGCAGCCAUAGAAGCGGUGAUAGCGGCAGCAAUAGCGGUUGCAAACGUGGCAGCCGCCGCCGCAGCAGCAGCAUCUCAGUUAGCCUGCGCGAGCGCCUGAGCCGACGCGACGGAGGCCCCCUCUUCGGCGGAAACGUCUUUCUGGCCAGCGAAACUGAGGGAGGAGGUUCCCCCCCCUCAGUUUCACCAAAGCAUAACGCACGUGUUGUGGCCAAAUCAGGAAGGGCAGCAACCCCAAGUGGUAGCCACAUCGGAAGCAAAGUCAGCAGCACGUCUCGAAGUGACUGUGCGGAUAGGGACACCCCCUUUAAAAAGAACUCGAAGCAUAGCCAUCCUUGGGGAGAACGAACAAUGAACAGCAACAGUUACUCCCUCCACGACGCGGAGGACUUUGAGGACGCGCACCAGCAGAGGUACGCAGAGGAGGAAAGUCCCCCCUAUAAGGAAUCCGAACAGAGGGGCAAGAAAAAUAAAAAAAAGAAUUCCAAAGGAAUUAAUGUGGAUCUAGCCAAAAAAAAAAAAAAAAAUUCAAGUGAGAUUCAUGAUGAGGGAAGUAUCCAUGAUGAAAAAAAAACAUCUGUUAAGGAUAACGUGUAUGAAAAUUUCAUAAGGGAAUACCAAAAUUUGCAAUCGAUGUUUUCGUUUAAUAAGGACAAGGCAGAGGGGGUGGAGGGGAAGAAGGAUGAGGAGGAGGAAAAGGAGGAGGAGCAUGUGGAGCAGCAGGAGGAGAAGAAGAAGAAGAAAAAAAAGAAGAAGGACGACCCUUUUGAAGGACCACUCAGUAGAGCACUAGACAGGGACGUGAACGAAAGCCUACCUGAAGAUGUCGUGUCGAAGAAUCACCUCAGCACGAUGUUAGCAACUGAUGGGUACACGAACUCGAUGGGGGAAGCACCCCCCCGUGAUGCAAAACGAGGGAAGUCCAGUGAGCUGAACCGAAGCGACAAACGAGUGGAGUCCCUGGAGCAACUCUCAUACAACUUUGGCUAUUAUAACCAUACCGAGUCGAUUGACAAGGUAGAAAUUGGAGUGGUUCCCGGGAAAGACUCCCUUCGAAGUCGUGGCAAAGGGUUAGGUGGAUACGAUGAUACUGGGAGCAGUGGGGUGGUUCCUAUUGGAGAUAACCAACAGGGGAAAACCCACUCGAGUGGAAAGGAAGACACCAGCUGGAUGAACGAAGGAGUGACACAUGCACACGUUGUAGAAAAGAACAGAAGGGGACAAAAAUCAGGAGAUGUGGAUGCCUCCGAGGAGGGAGGUGGUAAAAAAAACAAAACAGAAGGAAGCAGCAAACAUGCGAGACGAGAAUCGAGUAGCGGAAGUGUGCAGAGGAUGAGGCAAAUUGGAAUUUUGCAGAGCGGCGCGAAGGGGAACUCCCAUGAUGGGGAGACGGACAUGAACGGGGUCAGAGGUGAGAACUCAGAUUUGUUGGAACGCGGCGACAUGUUGGAAGGAGGUGACCUGGUGGAACGCGGCGAUCUGCUGAAACACGACGACCUGCUGGGGAAGGCCUCCCUCUCCAGCAACAAAAGGGUGCCAAACGAAAACAACUAUUUUGAAUACGAAGCGAACAACUCGAAGAAAUUGCUUCACAAAAACAUGAGCAGCAUGUAUAGCAUGAACGAAUCGAACCUAACCUUCCACCAAGAUUUUUUUAAAGACAUUUUAUUGUUAAAUGAAGAAAAAAAGAAAAAAAAAUCGAGCAAGCAACACAGUUUUGAUCACUUUGACGAGCUGUCCUAUUUCGCAGACGUGAAAAAUGAGAAGCAUUCGAAGCACCGGAAUAACAGCACUCUCCAGGAGGAUGAAUUUAGCAAAAGUUUCAGUUUCAAAAGGGAGAAGUGGGGUGACAGGAAGAGCAGCAGUGCUGGGAAGAACGCUACAGGGGGGAGGAUGAGCUUGAGGGGAGAGGAAGAGGAUGAGGAGGGUGAGGAGAAGGAGGAGGAGAAGGGCGACGAUGAAGUGGAGAGGGGGAAGGCCACAGGGGAAGACGUCUAUAGGGAAGAAAGCGAUGACUAUGGAGACUAUGAUGGGGAAGGCGCGGAAGGCGGUGGUGGCUACGCAGACGAGGAUGGCGUUGGUGGCUACGCAGACGAGGAUGGCGUUGGUGGCUACGGAGACCAGGAUGGCGAUGGUGAUAGCUAUGGUCAGGAAGACCUUCGCGAUGGAGACUACGUGGAAAGCCCGCAGGGGGCGAGCGGAAGCCACAAAGAGAGAAAGAAGAAAAAGAAACCCCAUGGGGGGGAAGUCGCCAGGAAGAACAAAAAUGGAAAGGUGGAUAGGGUAAAGAUCGUCGAGGAGAAGAACAAACCCCACAAGCGUAGGAGCGUGAAGGAGAAGCGGAACUCCAGUCGAACCCACAACAAUUCGAUAUGCUCCCUGGGGGAGGACCACUUUUAUGAUGACGCGGGAGAUUUCCCUUACCAUGACGGGAGAGGCCGCCCGCACGACGGGAGAGGCAGCCCGCACCACGGAAGAGACCGCCCGCACCACGGAAGAGACCGCCUUCACGACGGAGUAAUUGGAGAUGACCCCCCGGAUGACAAACUCUACAUCGACGUGCUGGACGACUUCCGAAGAGAUGACCUCCAUAAGGGGAUCCUAGCUUACUCAGACGAGGUGCAGAACCCCGAAGAAGGAGCAAACUCGGAAAAAGCAAAAAAAAAACGAAAGGCGAAUCGACGAAAAAAAGAAGAUUUCAGGGAAGAAUACAUGAAGGAGUUCUUCACCUCAGUCCUGGAUAACCAAAUUUAUAAAAAAAAUUUGAACAGUAAAGACUUUUGUCACAAAUUUGCUCCAGAGGGAGAGGGACAGGAAGACGCGGAGGAGAAGGGAGAAAACGAGAGAGGUGGCGAGGGAGGUGACAAUCGAGGUAGCGAUCGAGGUGACAAUCGAGGUAGCGAUCGAGGUGACAAUCGAGGUAGCGAUCGAGGUGACAAUCGAGGUAGCGAUCGAGGUGACAAUCGAGGUAGCGAUCGAGGUGACUAUCGUGGUGACGGUCGAGGUGACGAUCUAGGUGACGACCGAGGAGACAUGCGAGAAAAACAUAUGCUGAAGAACGUCUCCAAAGUUAUUCGAACGGAAAAUAUAAACGACGAAAUUGAGCUUCUGCGAAAUGAAAUUCUGCAGACGAAGAUUGCAAAAGAGAACCUACCCAGUGCAGAAAAGAAAAAAGGUGCACAUAAAAUUGGCAACUCUGUGGAGAUGACCCAUAGGAAGAAAAAGUCCUAUGAUAAGGAGGAAGAAAAAAGGACGAGCUUUAAAGGGAACUCCAAAGGGGACCUCAGGACAGGCAAGGAUGGAAGUCAUCACAAUACGUUUGCUUCUACCUACGCGAAGGAGGAUGAUUAUUACAAUACCUUUCACCAUGAAAGGAAAAAAAGAGAAUCUCACGUAAAGCUGAGAGAUGUCAAUUUCGAAGAGGAUGAAAAAUUUAAAAAAUCGAAAGGAAGAAGCAGAUUCGCGGGGAGAGACACAGUCCACUCGAUUAAUGACGAAGGAAGGAGUGGGAUACCUCCUCCAACACAUGGAAACAACGGCAACAGCAGCGGAGGAGGAGGAGGAUUGCACCUGAACAAAAGUCUCGAAUUUUUUUCCAACAAUUUUUUAAGUUUGAAAAGAUUAAUUGAGAGAAAAAGUGCGGAUACAAAUUACGACGCAAAGAGGGAAGACGAUUAUGUAGACAAGGCAGAUGAAGAAGUAGACAUGGAUGUAAAAAAAAAAAAAAAAACUCCUACGAUGAUUAUGAGAACGUACAGAUGAUGAACAAGACCAGCCACAAGAACAGCCGUGGACUCAGAUUUGAUAAUUUUUUUGGAAUAAAUAAACGAAAUAGUGACUCUUUAAGCUUUUACCGGAGCUCCAUUAAGGAGGAUGGGAAAAGUGGGAAGGGAGAUCACCGCAAGAAGGGACGUGGACGGAAGGAUAGCGGAGAGAGGUUCGACUCAGGGUUCGGCGCGUGGUUUGGCAAUGGUUUCGGUUCCGACUCGGGCAAGGAGCGCAGUGGAGCGGUGCGGCGCGCGCAGCGAGGUGGAGAGGGUGGAAGUGAUGGGGAGGGUGGAAGUGAUGGGGAGGGUGGAAGUGAUGGGGAGGGUGGAAGUGAUGGGGAGGAUGGAAGUGAUGGGGAGGAUGGAAAUGCUGGAGAAGAGGCAAAUAGUGUGGUGGAUGGAGAUGGCCUGGAGGAGGCAGAUGACACAGUUCGAAGUGCCAGAAGACGUAAGGGGGAGAAGACGUACUCCACAGGAAGAACGGCAGACGUGGUGGCGGACGGGGUGGCCGGCCGCACAGCUGGUCGUUCGACUAAGGGCGGUCCACGCGGCAGGGCCAAAAAGGACGCAGCGCGUGGGCAAAG